AAGACUGCCCACUCGUGGCGGAUUUCGUUUAUCGUCUUCCAUUAGCCAAUCAAAAAGUACUGUAACAAUCCACAGGUAGACUUAAACAUAGGUUCUGAUUAGUAUAGUUAAAUCCUGUUGGAGAAUUACCACUUCAUUUCAAAUGGGGUUUCAUUUCUAGCGAUCGUAGAAAAAAAAAUUUUAAAAGCCAGAAAUGAGUGCAAUUUCGACACAGACACAAGCAGCACUCAAAGCAAGACCAAUUGCAGCAUUGAACCCAUGUCUCUCUUCGUCUAAAGAAGCCUUACCUCCAUUUUUAUCCCUCUUUAAGAACCCCGUUUCAGGUUCAGGUGGGUUCUCCUCAAAGGAUAAUGCUUUCCUCAGGGGCCAAUUUAACAACAGACAAUUUCUGAGUUUUUAUUCAAGCCGUGCUCGGAGAAAGCAAAGAGGGCUAGUGGUUUCACCAAGCUGUGUCCUUCCAUUGACUGAGGAGAAUGUGGAGAAGGUUUUGGAUGAGGUACGUCCUGGCUUAAUGGCUGAUGGAGGGAAUGUGGCUUUGCAUGAAAUAGAUGGCCUUGUUGUGGUAUUAAAGUUGCAAGGAGCAUGCGGCUCAUGUCCAAGCUCAACAAUGACCCUAAAGACGGGAAUUGAAACUCGCCUUCGAGAUAAAAUUCCCGAAAUUAUGGAAGUAGAGCAGAUCAUGGACACUGAGACAGGGCUUGAGCUAAAUGAAGAAAACGUUGAAAAGGUUCUUGAUGAGAUUAGACCAUACCUCGUAGGCACAGGAGGUGGAGAACUUGAGCUUGUUCAGAUAAAUGACUACGUUGUACAAGUGAGUCUUACCGGCCCUGCAGCUGGAGUUAUGACCGUCCGUGUUGCUUUAACACAAAAAUUGAGGGAAAAAAUACCUGCUAUUGCAGCUGUCCAACUGCUUGAUUGAAAGAAAACAGUGAGGAACAUCAUUUUUCGGAGAUGUUUACUGACAGAAAAUGAAUAGGUGUUCUCGCACAGAUUUCUUACUAUAUCAAUUUGUCAUGGCUCAAACUAAGAUCCAUUAUCAUUUUUGUUCUAGUCAUGAUAUAUUCAAUUCUAGUUCAUGCUGUACGUUUCACUUUUUUUUACUGUUUUAAUAAGGAAGAUGAGGAAUAUUUAUAGUAA